UGGAGCUCAGUUGGAAACAAGAUGCCACAGUGGCUGGUCAUUGGCAUCUCUGGUGUCACGUGUGGUGGAAAGACUACUUUGGCGCACAGCUUGCGCGACUACUUCAAGGGAUUGCGCAAUGCGCCGCUCUGGAAUACGCCCUAUACAAUUGGCGAUGUGCAGCUGAUCUCACAGGAUGAUUACUUCCUGCCAGUGGAAGAUAGACGACACAAACGUGUCGACAAAUUGAAUGCGAUCAAUUUUGAGCUAAUCACCUCGUUGAAUACAAAACAAAUGUUGGCGGACAUUGCGCACAUUAUCAAUGGGCCCACAGAACAGAUUGCUACGUAUGCAAAUUUUGAGCACUAUGCGCUGCAGUACCAGCAACAGCAACAGCAGCAAUUGCAACAGCAACAACAGCAACAUCAACAACAGCAGCAGCAGCAACAGCAGCAGCAACAACAGCAACAGUUGCAGCAACUGCAACAACAGCAGCAGCAAUACACUGCCAGCUAUCAGCUGCGUAAUGGCAAACAUCUGCCACCUGCUGCCUAUCAAUAUCAGCAGCAACAACAUGUGCAGCAACAUCCACAGUUACAACAUCACACGCAUCGUCAGCACCAUGCGGAUCAUCUGAUGCGUCUCAAUAUUAAUGCCCAGAUUGCCGCUCAGUUGCGCGAUAAGAAAAUCAAUGUCCUACUCAUCGAGGGCUUCAUGAUCUUCAAUCAACCCGAGCUGCUGGCGCUUUGCAAUCUCAAAUAUCAUUUCCAUUUGCCGUACGAGAAGUGUUAUCAGCGUCGCAUUCAACGCACCUAUGAUCCGCCCGAUGUUACUGGCUAUUUUGAGCUAUGUGUCUGGCCGUACUAUGAGAAGAACUUUGCCGAGUAUCGCGACUGCAAGGAUAUUACGUUCCUCAACGGCGAGAUUAGCAAGGAGAAGAUCUUCAAGUUUGUGCUCCAGCGUAUUGUACACUAUUUCGAGGAGCGUUGCGAUGUGCCCACCGCCUCGCCGGUUGCCUGUCCGCCGCAGCAGAAACGUUUCGGUAUGCUCUACAUGGCCACAGCAUCCAGCAAUAAUAAUCAUCUGCACACCGCGUGUCCCAUGGAGCAGUAGCCAGCAGGAACUGGGCCUAAGUAAAUCUAAGAAGGGGUGGUCUUAAAAGUUUCCAAACUUGAAACACAGAUAAAGAAAUUGGUGUAAGUUUUCAAACUACCCUCGCAUGUAAAAAAGCAAAAUCAUGUACAUUUAAAGUCUAUAGAAUUCUAUAUAAUUCUAUAUUUAGUUGUUUUUCCAUUAGUUUUAAGCAUAUGGACACAUUCUCUAUAGAGUCUAAAACG